AUUGCAGUGCAGCAGAGAAUUCCAAUAGUUACACCUGUGCUUGACGAUCCUCUUCUAUUUGAAUAUUUAAGGAAUGACUGACUGCAGUGCGGUUUUAACACAUUUCAAAACGGUUUUGCAUGUUUUCGAAUUGACAAAAAAGCUCCACGAAAUGUUAUUACCGAGGCUUUUAUUGUGAUUUAAAAGGCCAACCGGAAGUUCCGACGAUACUUGAAGCUAGAAGCUAAAGCUAGAAAGGUUGUCAUCAAAUCCAGACGCUUAUUUGCCGUAACUCAUUAGUUGACAUUAAUUUGACACUGUGUGAACACAUGAACAUGAACCCAAGGGAGACGUAGAAAUAUUUCCAGGUCGUCUCCAUAAACUUCUGUCGAGCGACUACUUUUUUACCUGGGGGAAAAAUCUAUACAGAGGUUGGUCAAAAUGUCUAUUGUCUGUUGUUAAGUGUUAGCUAGCUGAGUUAGCGUCGUUUGCAGAGCUUAGGGGGAGUCUGCGCAAAUUUAUCACUUUUAACGUCGGAGCAUGAGACGGUGGGACCUGUUAAUAGUUGCUGAAUAUCGGUUGUAGCUUAAGGGGGCUGAUAGCUACCUGCUAAGAUGAGCAUAGCUGGUAAACGUUAGUGGCUAGCUGUUUAAUAACAGUAGAUGGAGGCAGAGAUGGUGGCUGACCAAAGCGCUGGUCACCGCCGCGUCACGACUCACAGGCAUCAUUCAGCCUGAGGUCAAACUGUCUGUACUACUGUGUGCGUCUGCUCCGGCUGAGAUGGCUAUUCAUUGCCACGACUUAUAUACACCAACAGGUCAGUCAGUCAGGCUGCUGCUUAACUUAAGUCAACAUUAAUGUGACACUUCAUGGAUGAGACAGAUUAGCCCCUCCGAGCUAAUGCUACUGAGCUAGCCGAGACACUCAGUUGACACAGAUCUAUGAGUACAGCUUCCCCUACUGCAGACCACUUCAGAGCUUGCUGAAUUAUUUUAUUUAUUUAUUUUUACACAGAAUUCACAGUAAUAUAGGUCACUGAAGAGGCAGCUCAGAUUUAAAGGCCCAGCCUGGUUCACCUCCUCUACAGAGCAGCAUCUAAGCUGCCCAAGUGUCCUUGAGCAGGACGAUGGAGGCAGUUUGCUCACUGUGACAAGAAUGCCUUUAUUACUCAGAUCCAUCUGUCGAUGGAUCUAAGCUUAAGCAGACUGCAACCAAAUGAAGAGAACAUCAGUCACUAUGUGAGCCCCAGUGGGUUAUUUGUGGCAUUAAAUGAAUCAACCUAAUGAGGCUGUAUAUUUGAGAGAUGGGCUCUGAAAACCCAGAAGACUUUGGUUCAGUUGUGAUCCUUACUGAAGAUGAUCAGCAAGAGAUUGGAGGGCUGAUCAACUCUGAUGGUGAAGAAGUGGAUUUCUCAGAUCUGAGAGUGAGUGCCAUCCCUGGCGCCAUCCCUGCAGAUGCUCCCUCAAAGACAUUUGGUCCAAGUGAGAAUGAAAAACCGCCUUCUCUUCACACCUGCUCAGUAUGUGGGAAAGACUUUCCUUAUGCCUCUAAGCUUCAGCGUCACCUACGUACUCAUUCGGGAGAGAGGCCUUUCCCGUGCUCCAUGUGUGAGAAGAGAUUUCCAGAAAAGGGGCUUCUCAUGAUCCAUGAAAGGGUUCACACUGGGGAAAAGCCAUUCCCUUGCACUUUCUGUGAGAAAAGAUUUGCCAGUCAGGGGGAGCUCCGGCUACACCGGCGGACACACACUGGUGAGAGGCCUUACCACUGCUCCAUCUGUCUAAAGAGCUUUUCUCGUCACUGGCACUUGAAAACGCACUUGGAGGCAAUGCACUCUGAGGUUGUUGCAGGCUUUACGAGGAAGAAAUUUCCCUGUUCAGACUGUGAGAAAAGCUGUAACUCAGCUGCUGAAUUGAGGGAUCAUCAGAGGACUCACACUGGAGAAAGACCCUUCCAGUGCUCUUUCUGUGACAAACGCUUCGCCUUGUCAGGUACGCUUGUAAGACACGAGCGCCUCCAUACUGGCAUCACGCCUUACCACUGCUCUGACUGCGGAAAGACAUUUGCACAGCAGUGGACCCUGACCACACACAUGCGGACUCACACGGGAGAGAAACCUUACAGCUGCACGCAGUGCGAUAAGUCUUUUGUUGCUCCUGGAGAGCUUCGGAGGCACACCAGGAUUCACACUGGGGAAAAGCCAUACACCUGCGCAGACUGUGGGAGGCACUUCUCAUUGGCAGGAACUCUCAGAAACCAUAAACGGUCAUGCACACAGAGCAAGAAGGAGUCGGAUACAGAGGUUGUGUCAGACUUAGUUCGGGCUGCAGCUGAAGAAUCUUCCCAGCGAGAUCUGGCCAGCAGCAUCAGCUCUGAGGUGUCUGUCAGUCAGACUGUGCCUUGUGCAACUGAGCCCACUUCCUCAGAGGGUUUUAAAAAAGCAGCUCAGUGUGAAAAUACCCCAGAAGGACCCAUCGGCCAGCCGGACGACACUGCUCCCACCCCACAUAUGAAUGUAAUCGUGAAAGAGGAGGAAGAAGAGGAACCAUUGUGCGUGGAAGAAACUCCAGAGCAGGUGUCUGUUGGUGAGGACUGUACCAUACCAGAAGAAACUGAAAAGCAGCGUCAGGAAAGCACCACAGAAAUUAGUAUUACAGUAAAGGAGGAAGAACAGCAACCUCUCAAUAUGUCUGGAAAAGAUCCCGAGCGUGUUGCAAACAGUGAAAAAGAAUGCCCUCCAUCACCGCCAGUGCGGGGAGAGUCAAAUAACAACAUACCAAAGAGCUCUUACUGCUGUGGCCUUUGUGGAAGAGACUGCCACAAGAUGUCUGCGCUUCAGAUCCACAUGCGAAUUCACUCUGGAGAGAAACCGUACCGCUGCACCUUAUGUGGGAAACAGUUCACCCAGAAAGGGCAACUCAAAGGUCACUAUAAAGUUCACACAGGAGAGAAACCGUUUUCCUGUCCGGACUGCGGGAAGAGCUUCGCCCACUCGGGGGCCAUGAACAGACAUCGGCUCACGCACACAGGAGAGAGGCCCUACCACUGCUCCGUGUGCGACAGGAGCUUCAACCAGUCCGGCCGCUUGAGGGAACACGAGAAAAUCCACUUAGGUGAGAAGUUUGACUGUCCUGAGUGUGAGAAGAGUUUCACACGAGCUUCAAGCCUAAAGAAUCACUUCAGGCUCCACACAGGAGAGAGGCCGUACGGCUGUGACAUCUGUGGGAGAGGCUUCAGCCGCUCACAAAGCCUGAGGCUCCACAGACGAAAACACGAGCAGAUUCAGACCGAGGAGGAGUCUGCGUUCAAUAUGAGGAAUGAUGACUUAUCACACAGCGAUGAUAACUCUCCAAUUAAUAUGUGCAUAACAGACAAGAAAGAUGGAUGAUGUAUUUAAAAGACAUGUACCUCUAGUAUUAUUAAGACUUCAGACAGUAAAACAGGAACAAGGUGAUGUGGAAAUAAGGGACUACCUCUGUGAUUAGAACUUUAUUCAUACUUUUGUGUGGUUUUUCACACUAGGGAUGUGCAGCACUAGUCGGGCAGGCGACUACAUGUUGCUUUCCUCACUAGUCAUCGCAAGAAAUGUUAGCGCUAUAAGCAAAAUAUUCAUAUUUCUUAAUGUAUAAUGCCAGUAAACUGUUCUAAGGUGUAGGUGUUAUGUAGGAGUGUAGCCCCAGCAGCACGCCUCUCUUUCUUUCUGUGACAAGAACCUGAAAGCAAGCAAUGUGAAAAACAAGCAGACGACAGACGCACUAACCAGUGCGGUAUGGAAAUAUUUUGAUCUUUUAAAAAAGUGAACAGCUGCGUGUAGGCCAUGGCAGAAACUGCUACUGGAGCGGUGCAUGAACACAGUCUGCACAGACGUGUGGACGUUUACCUGCACGGACAGAAACAUUAGCCACACUUGGUAAACUAACCUUGUACACUAACGUUGUGUGGGCAGUGCUAGACACAGCUCAGCACACAUUUCAGCUGCAUUAUAAUAUGGUUGAACAUUUAAAGAAUGUGAUUAGCUGUUUUAAAUGGGUCUCAAGUACACAAGCAGUAUAUGUGUGUCUACUAGACUGAAAUUUUACUGUCACAAGUUUUUUUCUCACAUUGGUUGACUGGUCCAAUUUUCUUUUCAUUAGUUUUUUUCCCGAAUUUACAUGAAAAUAAUACUAACUUUAAAAAAUGUAACUCCCUGAAGAGUGUAGACAGGCUUCUAAAUAGAUACACACCAAGUGAUGUUCAGUAACACCAACCAAACAUAUUUCUACUAAUUUAUGUAACAUCUUGGAAAGUGUUUAAAAUUCUAUAUAUUGGAGGUCACUUUUACCUAACUCUGUCACUGAUUACCUGUCCUGGAGCCACUGGAAUAGUCCACUCACACUUAUUAUUAUGAGUGACUGAUUUAAAAGUCUGUGAUUACACUUGUUUUUCAUGCAGUAUUUGUUAUCAGGCUAAUAGUGUAUGUGGAAAUUUGGUUGAAACUUUUUGUACUAAGCGUUAUAGUGGCCCAUUAAGCAGUUUAAGAAUCAGGUGAAUCUGAAACUUCUUUCAGACAUUUAGCCAGAAAUGAAACUAAAUGUCAUGAAAUAAUCAACAAUGAAGCCAGUCUUCUGUAAGUGGCGAAUGCUUAUUAAGUCUUGUUUUCGAUUGUUACUUAUUAGCCAGAUAACAAUUCGGGUUCACCUGAUUUUGUCGUCUUUUAAAGGCCGAGUAACCGACAUGAUUAAAGGUACCAUCCUCUAAUUCUGUGAUGCUAAAGGCAAUAAUUUGAAGCCAUGUAGGUGGUUAAUUAUGCCAUGUGCUGCCUCUGUCUAAAUGUAUGGGACAUGUCAUGUUGAACAAUAAAAGUUCUAAACACUA